AUGAUUAUCUACCCUGGGAAUACCUCAUCAAUACAUUUAGAUAACAUUUCUUUUACUGCUGUGAGUGCUACUAAUCAAAGCCAGGAAAUCACAGAUGAAAUGAGACUUAUCCAGGCUGUACUAAUGUCUUGUAUGAUUUGCAUCACUGGCACAGGGAAUGCACUUGUUAUACUUGGCUUCAUAGUAAACAAAAAUCUAAGAACUCCGAGCAAUUACUUUCUUCUAAAUCUUGCCAUCGGGGACUUCCUUACAGGUACAUUCUCUCUACCAUUGUAUUUAAAAAAUUUUAUUAUCAGUGGAACCUGGGUGUUUGGAAAACAUGUUUGCAAACUGUGGCUUACAAUUGACUAUACGCUGUGCCAGUGUACUAUUUAUAAUAUUGUUUUAAUCAGCUGCGAUCGUUUCCUGGCUGUUACCAAAGCUGUAAAAUACAGAGAUCAGCAGAAGAAAAUAAAACUGGCCUUUAUGAAGAUGGCAGCUGUGUGGAUUGUAGCUUUCCUGAUCUUUGGCCCUGCAAUUAUUUUUUGGGAGUAUAUUGUGGGAUACAGUGUAAUACCAGAUGGUGAAUGCAAUCCUGAAUUCUAUUAUAGCAGUCGGUAUUUACUCUAUUCUUCCAUUUUUGAUUUUUUUGCCCCAAUGACUGCUAUAGCAUUUUUUAAUCUCAGCAUAUAUUUUAAUAUAAGGUCUCGCAUGAAAAACAAGAAUCAGAACAGUUCUGUUAAUGUAAGAAAUAUUAUAAAGGAUGACAUUUUUUUGGUGGAAUCUGCUCUCAACUCAAACCAUGUUGGUGCACCGACACAAAAAAGCCCAAAACAUCCAUCUCGUAAAAAACAGAUACGUAUCAUUAGACUUGUAUGUACAAGCUGUAAAGUCAACCCUGGUAAGUAUACAGAAAAAAGAGGUGACGUUCCUGCAGAAUAUGUCAGACCCAUGUCUUAUGAUCCAGCCAAAAAUGCAGCACUAUCCAAAGAUAAAAAAAUAGCCAAAUCAUUGGCGGUUCUUGUAGGCACAUUCUGCAUAUGUUGGGCUCCAUAUUCUUUAAUCACAAUUAUUAAGGAAGGGUUUUGCUCAUGGUGUAUAUCACAAAUUCUGUAUGAUGUCACAUGUUGGCUUUUCUUCCUCAACUCCUUAAUUAACCCAUUUCUAUAUCCACUCUGCCAUCCUGCAUUUAAGAAAACAUUGCUGCAACUUCUCUGCAUUGACAAAUCAUCAAAAAAGUGA